UAGGAGUCAUUCAACUCUCUCGACAAGUACUUCCGAUAAAAGCGGCAGUUAUUACUCCCAAGCCUUGACAACAUGCAGAACGUGAUCAAUACUGUUAAAGGGAAAGCCUUAGGGGUCGCCGAGUAUCUUACGCCGAUUCUUAAGGAGUCCAAGUUCAAAAGAGACGGAGUCCUUACUCCAGAGGAAUUUGUAGCCGCAGGGGAUCACUUGGUUCAUCACUGCCCCACAUGGCGAUGGGCUCCAGGGGACGCUGCCAAGACCAAACCAUAUCUUCCUCCAGAGAAGCAGUUCCUCAUCACCAAGAAUGUCCCUUGUUACAGGAGGUGCAAACAAAUGGAGUAUCGCAGUGAGCAGGAGCUGGUCCUGGAAUCAGAGGGUGAUCCUGAUGGUGGAUGGGUGGACACACACCAUUUCAGUGACUCAGCCAUCUUGGAAGAGAAAGUGGCUGACAUGGCACUCGAAGAUAAGAAGGCAUCUUGCGCAGAUGAUGAUGAUGAAGAUGAAGACGAUGAUGAUGAAGAAGCUGCAGAUAUGGGUUUUGAGGAGUCAGGCAUUUUGGAGCAAGAGGAUCCUAAUCGACAACCUUUAACAGUUGAAGAAAAUUAUGAGGACUUUAGCCAGGAUCAUGCCAACAAGACAGUCACCAUGGAAACGCAUCCUCAUCUCCCAGGUCCUCCCAUGGCAUCUGUGCAUCCCUGCAGACAUGCUGAGACCAUGAAGAAGAUAUGUGAAACGGUGCUUGAAGGCGGAGGCGAGUUGGGGGUCCACCUGUACCUCAUAGUGUUCCUGAAGUUUGUACAGGCCAUCAUUCCCACCAUUGAAUACGACUACACGCACAAUUUCACCCUGGCUCCUUAGGAUAAUUGAAUGCGAGAAAAGUGCUGGUGUUUCUACAAGCGGUCAUCUUCUGCUGACCUGAGAAAGUUGAAUUAGCAAGCAAAUUAUGUAAUCACUGUUGUUAUUAUUAUUAUCAUUAUUAUUAUUACCACUGCUGCUGUAACUAGGGCUAUUGCUCCUAUUUUACUGUUAUUGUUUUGAUAAUUGUUGAUGUGUUAAUUAUUCUAUUUUGUUAGCAUAAUUGUUUUUGUAUUUAAUUAUUAUUAUUGUUAUUAUUAUCAUUAUUAUUAUUAUUAUUGUUGUUAUUAUUCUUAUUCAUUAUCAUUAUUAUUAUCAACAUCUUCAUCAUCGUUAUUAUUGUUUAUAUCAUUAUAGUUACUAUGACCUCUUAUUAUAUUAUUCCUUCCCAUUUUCACAAGCUCUGGACCUCUUCUUAAGGAUCUGAACUUUGCCAUUGAGCUAGUCGUUGUACUGCUGCCAAAAAACAGCUUCUCCUCAGUGGAAGUCUUCAGAAGAAAAUGGUUAAAGUGAUAUGCCUUGAGUGUGAAGUGCUUUGGUUCAAGAUUAACAGCUUUUCAUUGUCUUUCAUAAUAGAUAAUUUACCAUAUGUUGCAGGACAACUUUGAAGUAGCAACAGCACUUAAACUGUUGUUAAAUAACACACGCAGGAGAGAAGGGAAUUAUAAUUAAAAAAGAUCUGAACUUA